AUGCACCAGCACACUCUGUCGAGCUCAACCAUCGCCGUAGAGCCCGCGUCUCUCGACGCGGGCCCCGUGGAUGCCCGCAUGAUGCUCUCCGGCCGCGCGCGCUCCCACCUAGGGAAGAUUCUGAGCACGCACGCGUCCGUGCGGCAGUUCGAGCAGUCCUUCCCCUCCUUCAAGCGCGAGGAGGUGAUCGAGGAGCAGGACGACGACGAGGACAGGCGCGCGUCUAUCGACGCGCCCGAGGACCUCGUGAAACGUCAUGCCGAGCUGGCGAGCCUGGCCCAGAUGCCGAAACGGCUCACGCGAAGCCCGCUCGUGCGUCCCGACCGGCGGAACCUCACACCACUCAACCAAGCUACCGGGACGUCGCCCACCGGCAAGGCCGCAUCCGGUGGCAACGUCGCGAGCGAGCCACCAAGCAGCGUGCUGGCGGCGCAGAGCUCGCCCGACGCCCUCACGGGCGUGCGCACCUACGACAAGAACUGGGACCCGUUCAAGAAUGCAGCCGGGCUCACGGGCGUCCUCGUCAGCGAAGCGUCGCUCGCCGCCGACGACGCCGAACGUUUCAGCAACGCUGCCAAGUACGCCUUGAGGCUCGCCGAGGCCGACCCCGCGCACGACCCCGAGCGCAAGAAGGCGUCCCUCGAGUUCGCGAUGGACCUCGCGCGCGAGGCGGAGCGCUACAGCACCACCGUGAAGAGCACCCUGAUGGCCGUUGCCGAGGACGCGCCCUACCUGGGCCCCAUUCGCGGCCGAGCGAAGGUGGCGAAGAAGAGGAGCGUCAGCGCGGCGGACGACGCGCUCGCGGCGCGCGUGAAGGCCGCGGAGAUGCUCGAGCGGCUGUCGUGCAACGAGGGCUGCGAGGGCUCGGCGCGGGGGGAGGAGGUGCGUCCGCUGCCGCGGAAAGCGCAGUCGCAGCAGGCGCCGUGGCGGUCGCCGUCGAGGGUCGGGGCGUUCGGCGCGAGGCCGCCGGGGACGCCGGACGCGCGCGCGGUGCGCCGGGCGUUCUCGCAGCGGCCCGCGGGCGCGGGCCACCGCCGCGCAGCGUCGUCGAUGUCAGGUCUGCCUGACCUGAGUCAGGCCGCGCUGGAGCUCCCGCCGGGCAUGCUUCCAGAGAAGAAGAGCGCGUCCAGCAAGUACGCGCUCACACCGACGCCGCGGGAGGCGCAGGGCGGCGUCACGGGGCGCUUUGGGCUGCAGCGUCAGCGCUCGACAUCCGACCCGGUGGGGCUCGCGGCGAGCGCGCCGGGGUACGGCGGGGCGGCUGCCGCGGUGCGGCAGGCGAUGGCGCGGAUGCACGGCGGCAGCGGGCACAUGUUCUUGCCUGCGGUUCGGGAGCGCGGUGCCAGCGUGAUUCAAGAGAGGAAGGUGCACCGGUACGACGACGCGAACAGGACGGACACCAUCCCGCGGCUCGCGUACACGCACUCGCACGACCGCGCGCGCGCCGCGCGGAGCUGA